AUGCGCAUCCUCCUCAUCUUCUCCAUCCUCUCCAUCGCACACGCCCAAUCCCAAUGCUAUUCUCCAAAUGGCAAUGUCUUACGGUCCGACGGCUCUUAUUUCAGCGGCUUCCAGGCCUGCACGUCCGGCGGCCCACCAACCAUAUGUUGCGCAACAAACCGCGCCAAUCCCGCCGGCGGCGAUCGAUCAAAAGGCGACACGAAAGAUGAAUGCCUGCCCAACGGCUUGUGUCAGAAUAGAUCUGUCGAGGAAGGCGGCCUGACUAUAUCUUUCUUUGCGAAUUUCUGCACCGAUGCAAAUUUCACGUCGGGCAAUUGUCUGGACAUCUGCGAGCAGACGAGAUCCGCGAGGGGGAACACACAGAUGACACCAUGCAACAACAAAGCGGAUGGAGACAAGUGGUGCUGCGGGACGACCCGGGCAUGUUGCAAAACGGGCGUUGGUGUCAUCACUUUGCCGCUGGUGUUUGGCGCGGUGAACAACAAUGUUUCUUCGAGCGUUGUGACAAUAUCAUCGCUAGGGACAAGUGCUUCGUCGACCGCGAGUUCGGCAAUAGCUCCAGCUUCAUCUUCACCCACGCCCGACACAGAGAAGGAUGGUGGUAUAGCAGGCGGCGCAAUCGCUGGUAUCGUCAUCGGCGUAGUUGCUGGACUCUUGCUCCUUACAGCGGUGUUUCUGACGAUGCGCAGAAGUAAGCACAGGAACUUAGACGAGCAGGCAUCUCCUAUGAAGCAUAAUCAGUAUGCAAAUGGAAGGAGCGAAACAGAUAGAAGGCAGCAGAUUGGCGAAAUGGAUGAGGGUUUUGGGCUGGUGGAAAUGCAGCAGCCGCCUACGACUUGGUUUGCGGAUCCUCGCAACGAGCGAUUCUCGCUUCAGUAG